CCAUUCUUUGGGAUUGAGAAGUAGAAAGGUACUGCUGCCUUCAACAGCCAAAGGAAUACGAGUAUUCUGUAAACAGAGAAGCAGAAUGAAACAUCUAGGCAAACAAAGAUAAAAAUUCAAACUGGAGAAAAGUGAAGGGAGAGAGGGAAACAGGAGCUACAGCCAAGAAGAGGAAAAACAUCUAGAGGUGCAUCAAAGAGGCAAUAGAGGAAGGGUGUGGAGAACUGGGAAAGGAGGAGAGUCAGCACCUGCAACACAGUAAAAGAGGAGGAAAGGAUUGCUGACCAGCACCAUGAGCGACCCUAAAUAUGAGAAGCUUGAAGAAGAUGAGCCUGACACUCAGGAGCCACUCGCCUCCUCAGAGCAAAAGCCCUACAAAGAGACUGAGCCACUGAAACGUCAUGCUGGGCCACAAGACCCUACAGGCUAUGGGGCAACUCUUCCAAAGGGAUCAGAAUACCCACGUAGUUAUGGCACAUCCUCAGCAGGACCCUACCAAACUCCAGGCCUUCUGCCUCCGCCUGGUGUCAGCGUCAGACCCAUCCAGACCACUGAAGAACCCGACUAUCUGUGUUACUCCAUCUUCACCAUGCUUUGCUGUUGCCUUCCCCUGGGAAUUGCUGCCUUAGUUUUCUCUAUACAAACCCGAGAUGCCAACCACCGCGGAGAUGCUGCAUCUGCUCAACGAAACUCCAGGAAUGCACGCAUCUUGGCCCACACAGCCCUCGGAGUGGGGCUUGUGUUGUUAAUUGUGUACAUCGUCUUAAUGGUGAUCAUGACUAAGAAGAUCCAUGAACAGAACCCACCUACCGGCCAAUGAAGGAUGGUCACAACCUGGAACACCCCCAACUCUCCCAGCCCCCCCGACCCACAGAGAAGUCCCACUUUGUUGUCAUAAUGUUUGAAUCAUCCCAUAAUGGAGUAUGCAGCAGGGCAGGUUCAUGGGUGGAUGGAUGCUCGCCAUGUCAAUAUUUGACUUGAUGACCAGGAAGGGAAUGUGGGAAUAUUACAAAGGGUUUCAUUUGAGGCAAUAUCUGAAUGCUCCAUUUGGGAGCGGGGGGAGGAAGAUAUGCAAUGGCACAUCAAUGUCAAAUGAGUAUGUGUGACCUAGCCCUACAAUAGAGAAAUAUCCCAAACUAAAAAGAAUGAGAAAUGCCAUAAAAAUGGAUGCUAAAAGUCAUACUGGAAACAUUGGUCAGUACACUAGCAGAGCAAUAUCCGUGUUACAUUCCUGAAUGCUGUGAGCAAUCAAAUGUCAGGAUUUAUCUCCUCAUAAUCUUGAGAUAGGCUUAAAGUACUUAAACUGUACUUUUCUCAUAUUUCAACCUAAAUGUCUCUCCUAUUCUAGACUCCUCCUAGUCUUUUCCUUUUGUUCUUCUGGAGAGGGGCUUGGAGCACCUUCCUGAGCACCUCUUAUUUAGGCUCCUUAGUUCCUUGUUUCCAAGUACUUUGGUGGAAUGUGCAUACUCUAGAACGUUUUGCAGACAAAAAGAGAAAUACAUUUCCAACCACUAAUGGCCUUCCCAUCACAUGUGGCUCAAUUGUGUCUUUUGUACUCAUUUUACUUACAACAUCAUGCCCUUCACCUUUCCAAAAUCAAGGGAUCAGUCAGCCACCAUGACAGUCUGUUGUGCCAAUAUAAGUGAAUAAAUAAACACAGAUCAUAGUGAUUUUAACGUAUAUUAAUAUGUGUUUUCUGUGAACUGCUUGGGCGUCUGCUUUGGGACAGGAAAUCUGAUACAUGUUAUUAGUAACAAAAUAAAGAAAUGAAUCCAUCAA